AUGCAGUUUAAUUAAUUGAUGAAGACAAUGGAGGAAGAAGAGAUUAGUGAAUUGUGCAAAUAUUCAUACCAUCUUGAUUUGGAUACUGGGAUAGAAAAGAACUAUGUUGAGCUGAAGAAGAGGCAAUUAUAUGGCGGCAGACGCCAUGAUUCAUCUAAGGAAGAGAUUGAUCAUGCUCAUGAGGAUCAUCUGGUUAGAGAAAUUGCUCUUCUGGAGCUGGAUAUUAUGUGUUUGGAGAAGUAUCUUCUUUCAAUGUAUCGGAAAACAUUCGCCAAGCGAUUAGAAUCACUGUCCAUGAAGGAUGAUAGAACAAAAACUAAUUCAAUUCCCAAUGAAAAGAAGUUUGCACAAGUGAAGGAGACUCCAAGGACUAAUAUUAUCACUAGUCCUAUUUUGCCUACUUUGAGUAAUGCAGUCAAAGAAUGUGAUGAUGACAAACAAAAACUAGUUGUUGACUCAACCAUUUUGAGAUGCCAUUCUUCCCUAUCACAUGCUGCUUGUUCCUUCAGAGCUUCACCUUCAGUUGCAGUUCUUGCUGAUGCUGUAGACUCAUACCAUUCUAUGCCUUUAUCAAUGCUGGAGCAUGCUCAACCAUCAACUUCAAACAGGAGUCUCACGGAGCAUCAUGUUACUAGUUGUUCUAAUAAUCUUUACGAUUACUCGCCAAGCCGGUUGUCUGAGGAAAUGAUCAAGUGCAUUUCAGCCAUAUAUUGUCAGCUUGCUGAUCCACCUUUAUUCAGUCGUGAUUUAAGUUCGUCUCCCAUCUCAGUAUCAUCAUCAACACUUGAAUCUUUUCCUCAAGCACAGAGUGAUAUGAAGGGACAUCAAUGCAUAGAAAAUUCACCUUCCAAUUUGUUGAGCAAUCCUUUCCACUUUGAAGACUCAAAGGGAUUUAGCGGAUUCAUUGUUAGAAUGGUUGAGGUGCUACGACUGUGUCGAGAUAGUCAGAGCUUAGAUGGUGUUGAACAAAUGCUGAAACAAUUUAGGUACCUAGUCUCAAAAUUGGAAGAAGUCGCCCCCAAGGAAAUGAGACAUGAAGAGAAACUAGCCUUUUGGAUUAAUGUCCACAAUGCAUUAGUAAUGCAUGCAUUUUUGGUUCAUGGGAUUCCAAGAAGUAAUCUCAAGAGAGCAUCUUUACUUCUUAAGUCAGCUUACAACAUUGGAGGGAAUACAGUAAGUGUGGACAUGAUUCAGAAUUCUAUACUACAAUGCCAGUUGCCUCGUCCUGGUCAGUGGCUUCAGUCAUUUUUCUUUACGAAACAAAGAUUUAAGGCUGGCGAUGCAAGAAGAGGAUAUGCAAUUGAGCAUCCAGAUCCUCGCCUACGCUUUGCUCUUUGCUCAGGAAAUCAUUCUGAUCCUGUGCUUCGUUUGUACACAUCGAAGAGAGUAUUCGAAGAACUAGAAGUGGCUAAAGAUGAUUACAUUCAGGCAAACAUAAGGGUACACAAAGAACAAAAACUAGUCCUUCCAAAGAAUGUGGAAUCUUAUGUUAAAGAAGUGAAUGUGAGUCCUUCUGGUUUGUUCGAAACGAUAGAGUUAGCAUUACCUUCUUAUUUGAGGAAGAAAUUUCAGCAGCCCAAGCAACAAAAUUUGUGGAAGAAAAUUGAUUGGAUUCCUCACAACUUCAGUUUCAGAUACCUUAUUUCAAGUGAAUUGGUUGAAUGAUCAGUUUCAAAGUUUUGAAUGUCAGAUGAAUCACAAUCAAAGGGGUUGUUCAGAUUGAAAAGUGGUUCAAUUUUGUGAAAAUAUUUGAACUUGUUGUUUAACAAAAAUGCUAUAGUUGUGAUUCAACUGUCAUUCCUAAUGACUAAUGAGUGUAUCCUCAUUUUCAUAAGUUAGUUUGUAACAAUUUGGAUGGUCCAAACCUCAUUUAUUCUCUUGUUUUUCUAUUUUUCUUUGUUGUUGAGAGUUUUUCAUUGGUUAUUGUAGCUCUAAGCAGAAGAAUUGUAUGCAAAAGCCUAAAGGCAGUUAGACACUAUAAACAAGUGGUGUUGUAAAUUAUAAAGGAGUGAAUA